GUUCUCUUCUCUUCUCUUCUUCUCACUUGAGUAACGCGACCAAACUCCACCGAGGAUGUCGAAUUCUCCGUCGUCAUCCAAAUCGUCAAGUGACGCCAGCUCGUCGGAUUUCUCUCGCACUUUCAAGUACCUAUUGGCUACCCAGUUGUGUUCAAGAGGAAUUCCAUUUGUAGUCAAUGCUGUGAUCCUCAGAAAUUUCCUCAAAGUUGAAGACUUUGCGCUCUAUGGAGUACAGUUUCCACUUUUUGUGAAUUGUGUUUUGUUCCUCAGCCGGGAGGGGUUUCGGCGAGCAUGUCUUCGGCAGGACAUGAAAAGCGGUGGUACUUCAACAGAAGAAAAUGUAGCAAAGAUAAUGAAAUUUGCAUGGUUGGUUCCACCGUGUGGAAUUAUUAUUACUGCUGCAGCAUCCGGUUUUGUUAUCUGGUGGAAAGGCUUGAACUUUUCUGAUCCAUAUGGACAAGGGAUCUUGAUAACUGGUGGUGCGUGUAUGUUAGAACUAUUGGCAGAGCCCUUGUAUAUCCUUUCUCAAAACUUACUCCUGCUUAAGUUGAGGCUAGCAGUUGAAACCGCUGCUACCUUUUUUCGCUGCAUAACAACAGCCAUUCUCUUUGGGAUGCGAGUUGACAUGGAAAAAGAGAUUAUAUUUGCAGUGUCACAAACUGCUUAUGGACUGUGCUUGUUUCUAGGGUAUUGGGCCUACUUUCUUCGUUUUCGUCCAUAUAGAAGUUCUGCUCUUUUCCCGUUCAGAUCAAAGGAAAAGAAGAACUAUGAUGGGGAGCUGUUAAAGAUGUGGGAGUUGUUUGCCUUGCAAUCCUGUGUGAAACUGAUCCUUCAGGAAGGUCAAAAUUUUGUUCUUUUACAGUGGGCAACAUAUUAUAACCAAGCUGUAUAUGGAUUUGUGGACAAUUUAGGGAGCCUGGUGGUGAGGAUGGUGUUUCUUCCUUUCGAAGAAAGUACCUAUGCUACAUUUGCAAGGUCUGCAUCAGGGAAAGACCCAGAUAAAGACAAGAGAUUGGGAAGUAGCCUUACGGAGGCCCUUAAGCUGGUUUUGUUGAUAGGUCUUAUAUUUAUGGCGUUUGGCCCGAGCUAUGCUUAUUCUCUCAUCAGAUUGGUGUACGGUCAAAAAUGGAGUGAUGGCGAAGCAUCAACAGCCCUUGGAUAUUAUUGCUUUUAUAUUAUUGUUUUGGCUAUGAAUGGAACUUCUGAAGCAUUUGUUCACGCAGUUGCUAAGAAGAAUCAACUCCUUUGGUCAAAUCUGCCAUCUGUUCUGAUAACAAUUAUAUAUGUAGUACUGAAUAUCCUGCUGGUAAACUCUGCUGGUGCAGUGGGCUUGAUUUUGGCAAAUUCAUUGAAUAUGAUUUUGAGAAUAAUGUACUCUGGGGCAUUCAUCAAGCAUUACUUCCGGGGUUCAUCCUCAUUUUCUUUUUACAAAUGCUUACCUGAAGGAUGGAAGGCCUUGCUCUUUUCAGGAAUAGCUACUAUCAUUUCUGAGAGAAUAUUUCUAGACAAGAAGAAUUUCUGGGCGACUUUUGUUGUACAUUUUACCGUUGGGGUCGCUUGCUUCUGCACAUCAGCAUUUCUCAUAUAUCGUCAUGAGAGAUCCCUUAUCAACAAAAUCAUUCCCAUCAACAGGAUUUUCCCAAGCAUCAACAAAGUCAUCCACCCCCGUGAUCACUCAGACUGAAACAAACGUUUCCCAAUCUUUUCUGUUGUCGUGGAGAAUGUUUCCUUUGCUGGUAACCUGUUACAACUUCUUGUGCACAUCUGGAAAUGAGGAUUCCCGGUUAUGGCAUACCUGUUGAAUUUUGAUGUAGCAAAAACAAGACGACGAGGAAGGCAGAACUGCUGCAGAUACAAUGACAUCAUAGAUUUUUCUUGAGUUUCCAUCAACAAGCAUGCAACAAGAUAGCUGAAAGUUAACAAGGGAUCCCAUUUGAUGGGAAUUGUAUUACAAAAGAUUUCAUUUACAUUCUUUUGGUUUGCUAUAAUCCCAAAUCGAGAAGCGUGAUGUAAAUUCCUCAUGGCUUCAGAUUACAAACAGAUGAAGCAGAAUGGCAGAAAUGGUAAACUGAAAAGUGGAAAGUAAGAAAAUGCACGCUUCUACAUGUCAAACACAAGAUUGAAUCAAGCCCAGAAAGGCAGAAAGUUACAAAGCAAUGAUGAAUCUUUCACUCUUGAGCUACUGUGCACACUUGAAAGGCCGUUGCACCCUUUACUAUUCAUGCCAAAGCAUAAUAAUUGGGGCCAUUCCUUUUUCCCCCACAGCAGUAAUGGAAAUCAUGUGCAUUUCAACUGUGUACUCGAGAAAAGUCCAGGAUGUACCUGUCCAUUUCAACAACUACUCUUCACCAAUGUUUCAAACUUUCAAUGUUGAAGCUCCUCCUAUACUUCAACUUGUUAUCCGGCUUGUUUUAGUGCUAGGUUUGAGUUCAUACAAUUUAGGUCUCAAUGUUUUUUCUUUUUCCUUUCCUUUCCAAGUCCAGUAAUGUCAUGUGUACUAUGGUUACUUUGACAUUAACGCCAAACU